AUGUUCUCAGUCAUCUCCUCGACCAAGGAAGUCAAAGAACCGGAGACAAGUCUGCAGCUAAGACCAGAGUUGACGUCCACGGCGGUAACGCUUCUGCUGCUAGCGCUGAUCCUGCUCGCUCUGGCAGGACAGAGCCUGGAGUCAGAUGGUUCAAAGGGAGAUCACGUGAUGCUGCUGCAGGAAGUGAAAGGUGGGAUUCAGGUCAAAGAUGAGAAAGGAGGAGAGGAAAUUGAGAAAGUGCCAUUGUGA